ACGAAGCUAUGUCUCGGCCUUGAGGUUACGUUGCUUAAUAAAAUUCCCCAUAUUGUAAUAUUAUGUUGCGUUACUUCUGCGUAGGAUCAACGCUUUCACUUUCGGUUGAGAACCCCCCAAUAUGAUACACUAGUGUCUUUGUGACCACAUCCAGCGGUAGCCGGCAAAAUGAAAUCGACGAUUAUAUUUCUUCUUCUGCAGUGCUGUGUCAUUGUUUUCUCGGAUGACAGUCCGGCUUCUAAAGAUAUAGGCCUGGAUGACUAUGACGAUAUUGGAAGAAAACACAGAAAGAAAAAAAAGCAUCAGAGCAACCCAUGUUUCGGACGAACUUUGGGUGAAAAGUUUGGCUCCCAAGAUUACACUAGCACGUAUAUAUCUGCUCCGGUCACGAAUUAUUUCUUUGGUUGCGGAGGAUUUCCCGCACCUGUUGCGCCUGUGUAUCCCCAGUAUGGAAACCAAGGGCACGGAGGCCAUGGUCACGGAGGUCAUGGCCACGGUAGUCAUGGUCACGGAGGUCAAAGUCAUGGGGGUCAUGGCCAUGGUAGUCAUGGCCAGGUUGGUCAAGGUGGAAACUUUCAAGGGGGAUACGCACCAGGAUUCAUUCCCCAGAAUUAUGGCAAUCAGCAGCAAUAUCAGCAGUACAAUCCAGGCUUUCAAGUUCAAAAUAGACCGUUUCAAAAUGUAGUCUCAUCAGCUGCUGCUGGACUCGGAAACGUUGUCUCCAGCUACUUUUCGAGACCUAGGAAGACAUACAAACAAAUUAAUAGAUUCAUUAACCAUUUGUUUUAGUGCAACAAGACUUAUAAAUUUAUGUAAAGUGCUAAUUGUAUAAACAGAACUUAUUUUAUUUAUAUUUAUGUUAAGUGUUAAAGCAUUUUACUAUUUGUGGUAAUAACAUGUAAAUUUCUAAUGAUAAAGAAUCGUGCCUUUUUAACCUUAUAAAGAAGAUUGAAGCGCAUAAUGAGGCGAAUUUUCUACGGAUUUUUUUGUAGUAGUAGUUGAAUAUUAAUUAGUAGAUAUUAAUUGACAGUCUUUUGUCUUUGGUUAAUGUUACAUUUUGAAGGGAAAUAUAAUGUUACAAUUAUCGCUCGGCAUUGUUUUAUACACGUGUCCAGCUAAGCUUAAUUUGCGAAGUAAUUGUUGACAUGGGUUGCUUUGGUUUAUGAAAAGUUUUAUAAAAAACCAUGUCGAUCGCUGGUCAUCUCGUUAAAUUUUUCGUUAUUUACAUUGCAUUUUUAGUAUUGUAAGGUGUAAAAGUAUAAGUCUUAAUUAUGAUAGUUUUAAUUACAACUUUGUAAAUGAAAUUUUAAGAACAUUCUGUAUAAUUGUCGACGCCGUCUUCUUGUAUUAAAUCUCGUUGAGUGUUUUUUGAUAGAAUAAGUUAGAUAUAAAACCGUGCUUUCUCCGU